AAAAAAAAAAAACUGGAUUUCAGUGGGAAUCAGUAUCAUCCACCAAGUCCUAUACAAAGUCCACAUGACUCACAACAACAAAACUUGAUCAGCACACACACAGCUCAUUAUCAGGUAUCUCAAAACCAACCUUCAUAUGUUGUAGGUAUAGGAAGAAGUUCCCACGGAAUAGAACCAUCUACUUUGGACCAAGCCAUAAAACACAGGAAGCAUAAUAGAGAAGGAACAUUCACAAGGGUCAUGAGGAGCAGUGUAGGAGAUAUUGUUCAAGUGGAAGGAGGACACAUUGUUAGGUCCACGGGUAGAAAAGAUCGCCACAGCAAGGUCUAUACUUCCAAAGGGCCUCGUGAUCGCCGGGUUAGACUCUCAGCACACACAGCCAUUGAGUUCUAUGACGUUCAAGACAGACUUGGCUAUGACAGACCAAGCAAGGCUGUGGACUGGCUCAUCAAGAAGGCAAAGUCUUCCAUUGACAAGCUUGCUGAGCUUCCUCCAUGGCAUCCACCUAUUCAUGAGGAAAAGCAGAAUGAUGCUGCAGGAUCAAGUGGAAUCAUGGCCGUUGAACAACAACAAGAAGAACCUCAUCAACAACAGUCAGAGUCUUGUGGCUACAACUUUCAGCUCCAUAGGCAACUGGGGGCCUUUAUUUCUACCCAUGUUGACACUGACCCCAUCAAUUUUCAAACCAACAACAACUCAGAAGAUCUUGGCCUAUCUCUCCACUGUUUCCAAGACCACCCUGGCCUUAUUAACUGGCCAUCGCAACAAGGUGCAAAUCAAGCACCUCCUUCAAAUGAGCACCAAAUUCAAACCCUUUUUGCUGGCUCAACCCCAGUUUCGUUUGAGAACCAUUAUCAAAGAACUGUGACUUGGAACAAUGAAGCAACAACCGGGGAUCAUGUGAGCAGAAUGGGAUUCUUUCUCAACUCACAGCCAUUUAUAGGCCAAGGUUCUGCUUCAGCUUAUGCUCAAAGUGAGACCCUUCAGUCCAGUUUUUCAUUUCCAAUGACUUCCUCUGAGCAUCAGAGGCCCCAACCAGUUCACCAACCUUCCAUCUUUGGCAGCAGGUUUGCUGUCUCUGAUGGAUUAACCGGUUUCUGCAUUCCAGAUAGAAUUCAAGAUGUGGAAGAGAACCAUGGAGAUGCUUCCAAUAGGCCAUCUUCUUCUCCUAGUUCUAUCCACUGACCGACCCCACAACAAGAACUGAACAAUGCUGUAGUCUUCAUAUCAGGAGUGUUCUCUACCAGAUUUUGGAACCGAGUGAAGAUUAUUUAGGCACAUUGUUAUGAUCUACAAAGAUUUCCUUUCAAUUUGACUUUCCUUUUUGGUUUUAAAUUUAAUGUGAGUUCCCUUCAUUUUACCCUGCAAUCUAUAUGUAUAAUCUACAUUGAUGAAAUUGUCAUUGAGUUGAGUUUGGUGGUUAUA